UAUUUACUCAAAAAUCAGCAACUGUGCAGGGAAUGUAUUUUUAUUUAAGCUGAUAUCUACAGAUGUCUGGGUUCAUGAGGAAUAAACAUUUAUAUAUGUGUAAAACUUAAUCCAAAGUAAUAACGAGGUAUAUAUACAUAUAUAUUCAUUUAUUCUGACGACUGCUAUCACUGAGGGUGUUGCUGAGAAACAUGGCAGCAGCAAUUCUCGCGAGACUUGGUUACUUUCGCACCCAAACAACGACAGGCGCUCCUCCGGCUUUCAAAUUGGGAUAAUAAGUUACAUUAGGUGGCUGCUGCCUAAACAAACCGGCCAGCUGGGGCCAGAGUUCAAAGUCCUGUCAUCGCGGUUUGUAGCGGUGACUCGGGAGGUGACUGUCAGGCGCAUGGAAACGAGCUGGGCUGCUGGAAACGGUUAGUCUACUUUGUCAAAAGUUCACCAGCUCUUCAUUCGUGGAUCGGCGGGACGUCCCUUCCUUGUAGCAACCUACGUCGACGACUGAUCUGAAUUCCCCAUCCGCCGAGACAUAUGAGCAGAGUCUCAUUGGGUAGGCGUUUUCUCGCCCGGAAAGUGUUGUUUAGCGUGUUCUCCGUGCACCCUGCGCACCGCUGCAACUCCAAGGACGCGAGCUGAACAUGGCCUUUCACCCGAGCGCGUCCGACAGACAAGGAGAAGCAUCAAACUCUUUAAUAAUGAAUGAGCUGGAUCCCGCUGAUACCUACGCGUGCCCGACCACUGAGCUCAGCAAGGCAGUGUCGGUGUCUUUGGGUUUGGAUUCGGUGUCUUCUCCGCUCAGCAACAUGAACCAGUGCUCCAGCAGCGCGUACGCCGACUGCGACCCCGCUGUGGGAAGUAGUUCCCGAGGAGCGCCGGAGUUAGGAGUGGCUGGGAACAUGAACUCAGAGGGCGGCAGGCUGGUUGUGCGCGACAGCAGCCUCCGAGAGGAUGACUUUGGAGAAGUGUGCCAGGGCAUACAGCAGGUGAGCUGCAUGGAUCUGUUCCGAUCGGGAGACGUGGACAGCGCGCAAAAUUUGACGCGCGGUUCGGUGAUAUCCAGAUACGUUGGCAAGGAGUCAAACGUGUUCAUGGCGGAGCUGCCCGCGCCCGAACAGGUGAACGAGGUCCCGCCUUUGAAGCCGUAUCCAGCCUGGUCUGCCAGCCCGAGCUUGUACAAAGAUGCCCCGGGUGUGUGGUGCGCAAAUGAGCGCGCAUACGGAGACCGCUCAGAGCCGCAGAGAAGCGGAUCCGGCGGACAUAAUUUCUUGUGUAAAUAUUGUAAUUGUGGGCAAACGUCCCUCGGAUCCAGGCACGAAUGCCGCUGUGUCUGGUACAGCGCUGGCGAGCAGGGUGGCAAAGGUGGCAUGCGAGCGGCGAUGGCACAAGGGUACGGCCAAGUGGAAAGUUACCCCGGCGCAGUUUCUCAAGGGCAAACCACUUUUUCCACGAUCAAGACCGAGCCUUCAGUUUGGGUGGAUUGCACAGAUCGCCCUUUGAGGCAUGAUGAUUUUUUUCCAGGUGUGUACCUGUCAGACAGGAGAGUGUGCCAGGUGUGUGGCGACGAUGCCUCUGGUUGUCACUAUGGAGCCGUCACCUGUGGCAGCUGCAAAGUAUUCUUCAAGAGGGCCGCUGCAGGUAAGCAGAACCACUUGUGUGCCAGCCGGAACGACUGCACCAUCGACAAACUGAGGAGGAAAAACUGCGCCUCGUGUCGCCUAAAGAGGUGCUUCAUGUCGGGAAUGAGCCUUAAAGGUCGUAGGCUGAAGGGAGCCGGACAGACGAGGAACGGAGAUGAAGAGCAGCAGCCAGCUGCCUGGGGCCAUGGGGAGAAAGAGGAGAGGGCAGGGAGGAAAGAUGCAGUCUUGGAGGCCGGAAAUGCAUACGCUAGUGCUCAAGCGUCCCAGGCCCUGGUUUUCAGCAUCCCCCCGACGAUGCGCUCCUGCCUGUCCCUGCUCAGCAUCCUGCAGGCCAUCGAGCCGGCCGUGGUGAACGCCGGACACGACCCCGCCCAGCCGGACAGCCCCGCAUCCUUGCUCACCAGCCUCAACGAACUGGGGGAAAGGCAGCUGGUAACAGUGGUGCGCUGGGCCAAGGCGAUACCAGGGUUUCGCGACCUGCACGUGGAUGAUCAGAUGUCAGUAAUUCAGUUGUCGUGGAUGGGGGUGAUGGUGUUCGCUUUGGGCUGGAGGUCCUACACCCUAACUAACAGCUCCAUGCUGUACUUUGCUCCAGAUCUGGUCUUUAAUGACCAGCGGAUGGAAGUAUCCAGUAUGUAUGAACACUGUGUGAGGAUGAAGCUGCUCUCCCAGAGGUUCUGCAUGCUGAAGAUUACCCAGGAGGAGUUCCUCUGCAUGAAGGCCCUGGUCCUCUUCAGCAUCAUGCCAGUGGAGGGCCUGAAGAGCCAGCGCUGUUUUGAUGAACUGCGGACCUCCUACAUCAAGGAGCUGGACCGCUUGGCCAGCCACCGUGGGGAGACCACCCGUACGCAGAGACUGUUUCAGCUCACGCAGCUGCUGGACUACCUCCAGUCGGUUGUGAGGAAGUUACACCAGUUCACGUACGAUCUCUUCAUCCAAGCUCAGUCCCUGCAGACGCGCGUCAGCUUCCCGGAGAUGAUCUCGGAGAUUGUGAGCGUUCACGUGCCCAAGAUCCUGUCUGGAAUGGUCAAGCCCAUCCUUUUCCACAACACGAGCUAGAGGGCGAAAGUCUCGGCGAGCCGUCCUUAACGUGCACACCUUUCGUUUUCUUUCUAGUAAAGCUGAAUUGGCUGGAGAGGGGGUUUGUGAUUUCAUGAGGUGAAAGAAGCCUGUCUUGACAUGGUGGGCACAGUGCAGCUAUGAGUGUCUAUUAACAGAAGGGAAGACGGCACAUUCUUCCAGUCAAAUGUAAUCUAAUUACAUCUGCUCUGCUCUUCUUACUGCCUGUUCACUGUAUCAUACACAUAAAAAAAAAAAAGUUCUUUGGCGCUGAUUAAAACACUUUGCAUGCAUUCCUACUUCCCCUUCUCCACGAGCCAAACCUGCUUCAGCUCAUCAUGCUGAUCACUGACAACAGGCAACAUUUCAUUUUGAGAGGUAACGACAGUAGUGAGAAAAACAUAUUUGCAGAGUUCACAUCCUCAUAGCUUGUCUGUGUGCCGUGCUAUGACAUUUAAACUAGCUUUUUUCACAAUGAAUGUUAUUGUGCGCGCCUGAGAUGAUUGACAGUUAAUAAAUGGUUGUGGCAUGCAUGCUAAGAAGCGCAGCUAUCUCGCCCGAAGGCAUAUAAAUACAUUUUUGAAAGCUGUUGUCAUCCAUUAGAUUUAAUGUUUGACUAAUAGUUUAUGUGUUGUCAAAAUAAAACACACUCCUAAAGUGCAAGUGACUGCAGUAAUGCAAAUUUCAUAUGUAUAUUUAUGAAUUUUUGAUGUCCAGAGGUCACCCCAGAAGCAACGAGGAAAGAAAUUGGACAAAAUGCGCCAGUGACUCAUUUGUCGACUGACGCCGAGGGUGACUUGUUUUUAGAGGUUUUUGAGUGCCAAACGUUAUUCAAGUACAAUUUUUUCCAGAGUGGACAUUUCAUACUGUUGUAACUUUUCUACAGUUUCUUAAAAGUGUUCUUUGCUAAUGCUUUGUCGUGUGCCACCGUGUACUGGUCGUAGCUUAUAACGGUUUUUGCUGAAGUCCAGUUUAAAGAAUCUGCUCAUUUUGUCGCAACAUUUACAGCUUAAUAAAAUGAAAUAAAACG